AUGAAGCUUACAAACUCCAACGAGGUGCUGGUUUACACCAUUUCCGGUGCAUCAACCGCUAGACCUCUGCCAGACUGGCUGGCUCGCCAGAGGAAACGCAGCUUGAAGAAUGACCCCGAGUACGCUAAUCGGGUCGAGCUUCUCCAGGACUUCGAAUUCGAAGAAGCCAGUGCAUGCGUAAGGGUCAGUGAAGAUGGAGAGUGGGUGAUGAGUACAGGGACAUACAAGCCGCAAAUUCAUGCACACUACCUCCCCAACCUUUCACUGUCGUUUGCCCGGCAUACGACGACCUUAAAUCACUCCUUCAUUCUACUAUCCUCCGACUACUCAAAGUCCUUGCACCUGCAGACUGACCGACGGCUCGAGUUCCAUACUCCAGGUGGAUGUCACUAUCAAACUCGCCUUCCACGAUACGGACGGGAUCUACAAUAUGAUAGACAUUCGGCAGAAGCCUUGGUUCCUGCAGUUGGAGUUAACGCGGAAGGCAGCGGGGAAGUUUAUCGACUAAAUCUCGAAAUUGGGAGAUACAUGAAGCCAUACCAGGUUGACGUUGGUGGCGAUGACAUGACAACUGCUGGAGGCGGUGCGCUACAGGGAGGAAUCAACGUCGGCGCUGUCAACUGCGCAGCUAUUGCCGAAGACAGCCACAAUCUUUUAGCUUUCGGGACUUCGAUUGGCACUGUGGAAUUCUGGGAUCCAAGAUCAAAGUCAAGGAUAGGGAUUCUAGCUGGGCAAGAAGGCGAAGUAACCGCGCUUGACUUCAGUCGAUCCGGCGAAUCCCUGGCAUUGGGAACUUCAAAAGGAUUGGUUCAGCUCUUUGAUCUUCGAAAACCGGUGCCACUCCUACGAAAAGAUCAAGGAUACGGCUAUCCCAUUAAGACGCUUAUGCACAUGACGACUUCAUCCCAGGAGAAGAAGAUUCUGUCAGCCGACAAACGCAUCAUCAAGCUGUGGGAUGAGGCGGACGGGAAAGCAUGGACUUCAGUGGAGCCAGCGGUUGACAUCAACUCUGUUGCAUGGUGCAAAGAUAGCGGUAUGAUUUUAACAGCAAACGAAGGGAAGCAGCAACAUGCUUUCUUCAUUCCUCAGCUUGGCCCAGCUCCAAAAUGGUGCAGCUUCUUGGAUAACAUGGUGGAAGAGAUGGCAGAAGAGGCUCCGGCAGAGACCUACAACAAUUACAAGUUCUUGACUCUUCCUGAGCUCAAAGCAAUCAAUUUGGGUCAUCUUGUUGGAACUACAAAUCUGUUGCGGCCAUACAUGCACGGAUAUUUUGUUGCAUCCAAACUUUAUGAGGAAGCCCGACUCAUUGCAAAUCCAUAUAUUUGGGACGAGGAGAGAACGAAGAGAGUCAAAGAGAAGGUUGAGAAGGAGAGGGCUACCAGAAUUAGAGGGAGCAAAAAGGUCAAGGUCAAUCAAAACCUUGUUGACAAGCUUCUCAAAAGACAGGAACGAAGAGAGAAGGUGGACGAGGAUAUGGGUAUUCUUGGAGAUAGUCGUUUUGGAAAGUUGUUCGAGGAUGACGAAUUUGCUGUGGAUGAAAGGAGCAGAGAGUUCCAAGCCCUCAACCCUAGCACGAAGGUUGAUGGUCCUAGCCAAACUGUAGCUGUCAACAGCGACGGUAGUGACAGCGAGGACGAGGAUGAGAUUGUGAAACCCAAGCCAAAACCAGAGAUGCGCAUCUCUUCGUCGUCAUACAAAAAAUCUGGACAUCAGCGGCAAGACAAAGCUCUUGGAGCCAGGACACAGAGCACAGGCCGGGUCAACAAGAAUAAGGGCGAUAUUGUGGGUGAACGUCAAGUCACAUUUGCACCCACUGGAGGGAGGAAGGGCAAGGACAAGGAAGAAGCAACACCAGCGCGAAAAGGACGACGAGACGACGGCAGGAGAAGCGCAAGUGGGAAUGUCUUUAGGAAUAUGUGA